CGAAAAUGACGAACGCAGAAUCCUUCCAACAGCCAAUAAUUACGGAACAGUAGAACUUUUAUAGCUUAAAAGGAAGAAAUCGUUCAUUUCUGUUCACCAAAGUUCCACAUGUGUACAUUCUACAGCUUGUGUUUUUGAAUAGUUCGAAGCGACCAAGAACAAUACUCGGUUAGGUGAUUUGUUGUCAUGAAUAAGUGAAAUAAAAACGCAUUCGAAACCACUGCAGUAGUACCCGGAUAUAAAAUGACUGCCAAGAACACCGUCCCACAGGCUUCGGAAGCCGUGGCAGCUAUCGGCAACAACGAGGGAUGUGAUAAAGUUGUGCUGAAACGGAAAAUCACACUAAUCAAUGGAGUUGGCAUUAUCGUGGGUACAAUUAUCGGCUCUGGUAUCUUCAUAUCGCCUACUGGAGUAUUUGUGUUCACCAGGUCAGUCGGUUCUUCCCUGGUCAUCUGGACGCUGAGCGGAAUCCUGUCGACGCUGGGCGCCCUUUGCUAUGCUGAGCUCGGUACAUGCAUCACGCGCUCCGGUGGAGACUACGCGUAUCUGCUGGUCGCUUUCGGGCCACUUGUUGGAUUUCUACGUCUCUGGAUGGCACUGCUCAUUAUUCGCCCAACUACACAGGCAAUCGUCGCAUUAACCUUUGCACAGUACGCGGUGAGACCGUUUUUCGAAGAUUGUGAAGCACCAGAGAAUGCGGUGCGCCUUUUGGCGGCUGUAUGUCUCUGCUUCCUGACGGCCAUCAACUGCAUUUCAACCAAAUGGGCAAUGAAGAUACAGGAUGUGUUUACCAUUGCAAAAUUAACUGCCCUCGUGUCCAUCAUUCUGGCCGGCAUGUACUUCAUGGCAACGGAGUCGCUCGAUAAUUUCCACAAUCCCUGGGAAGGGGAUUAUGCACUAUCCAGCCUUGCUUACGCUUUCUACUCCGGGCUGUUCGCCUUUGGUGGAUGGAAUUAUCUGAACUUUGUUACGGAAGAGCUAGAAAAUCCGUACAAAAACCUACCGCGGGCUAUAUGGAUCGCAAUGCCCAUGGUGACUGGUAUUUACGUUUUCGUCAACAUGGCAUACUUUGCGGUGGUAUCGCGGCAAGAAAUGCUGGCAUCGAUUGCCGUGGCCGUUUCGUUCGGUAAUCGGAUGUUUGGUUCUGUCGCCUGGCUGAUACCGAUCUUCGUCGCCCUCAGCACCUUCGGUGGAGUUAACGGUAUUUUGUUCACAUCGGCCCGCUUGUUCUCUACUGGCGCCCAGGAAGGACAUUUGCCAGCAUGGUUCUCGCUUGUUCACAUUGACCGACAAACACCAAUUCCGGCACUGAUAUUCACCUGCAUCACUUCGAUCAUCAUGCUGCUUUCGGCCAACGUAUUCGUACUCAUCAACUAUUUCAGUCAAAUCCUUUGGCUUUCCGUUGCGGCCAGUAUUGCCGGUUUGUUGUGGUUGAGGGUUUCAAAGCCAAACAUGCCACGACCGAUUAAAGUAAAUUUGGCUCUUCCAAUAAUCUUCCUCGUCUGCUGUUUAGGGUUGGUGCUGUUACCAUCGUUCACCGAACCAUUCAAUCUGCUCGUUGGACUGGCAAUCACCUUAUCCGGAGUUCCUGUCUACUACGUGUGCAUCGUGUGGCGCAGCAACAAACAAACGAAAAACUUGAUCAUGCAUUGGAUCGAACGUGGCUGCCAAAUACUGUUUAAUGCAGCCUUUGUCGACUGUCAUCAUGAUCGGAAACGGGAACGAGAAUUUUCCGAAAUGCAAACGAGCAUCGAGGACAAAAGCGUUAGUCACUAGGCAACUAGCGACUGAAGGGUUCCGUAUCAAUACGCUUACAUGAUUUCUUGCUACAAAAAGGAUUUAACACAGGACGUUUCUAAGACUGCUUCCAGCGGUAGUGCCAACGAAACCGAUGAAGAAGUGAUGUUUUUUCGCAAUUUUACUUAAGAAAAAUGGUACUCGAAAGUACCGAUUCUUGUGUCCACAACUUGAAAUGUUCUUUUUGCUACUAAAAUUUUUAAAUGCGAAUCUCUCCGAUUGAUUUCAGUGCUUUAAAAAGAAACGAAGAUAGAACAGCAAACCAUCAAGAACAAGCAAAAAUCUUCAGAUUUUUUUAAAGGUAGGGCACAAAAAUGUACAGACGGAAGAACUUUUAAUCUUAAAAGAUUAACCGACAAAACUCGUGAACAAAACAAUACACCGUGUAUCUGCGACGAAGUAGUUUCUGCUGAAGGUUUACUCUACGAUCUUUGCUUAUAUCAAUGUACUUAAAGGAGUUAAG